CGGUGCUGUCUAUUUAUCCUGCCCCGUUGAGGCAACUUGCUUGGUUUGCGCCAAACGGGAGAAAACUCAAACCUCGCACUUGCACUUCCUUGGUGCUCUUGUUUCUCUGUUCUUUUCCUCUUGGACUUCUUUUUCUGUUCAUCUCUUCUUGGGUCUUGUUUUGCGUCUCUCCUAUUUUUUCUCGUGUAAAUUAAUAAUCUUUUUGUAGGGUUUUCCUAAAUCGACCUCCUUUCGUCUAAAUUCACCAUAACUCACCAGAAUAGCUCUUUACCUUUGUUUCGUCUUAGAGUUUCUGUGCUUUGUCAAUAAUGUGGUAGUUUCUGUCCGCUCUAAUUUUCUAACAUUGUUGAAGUUUUGUAUUUUUGCUCAAUUUGUUCUCCAUGCUCCGCAUUUGCUCAAUUUUUGGGAUUCGUUGGCUUUGUGCCAAAGUUUCUCCUGGUUUGGUCAUUGAAACUUGCUAAGGGUUUGACUUAUACUGUUUGUGGAAGGUAGAUUGGGAACCCUCUGGAGUUGGGAUGAAUAGCGUGUUCAGCGAGCAGAUUCUUGCGGACAAGCUGUCGAAGCUUAACAGCACCCAGCAGUGUAUUGAAACUUUAUCACAUUGGUGCAUAUUUCACCGGAGCAAAGCAGAAUUGGUUGUUGAAACUUGGAAUAAACAAUUUCACAAUUCAGAGAUGGUUCAAAGGGUGCCCCUUCUAUAUCUUGCAAAUGAUAUUUUGCAGAACAGCAAGCGGAAAGGAAAUGAAUUUGUUGCCGAGUUUUGGAAGGUUCUUCCUGCUGCACUUAAAGAUGUAAGUGAGAAAGGUGAUGAUCAUGGAAAGAAAGUGGUAUCUAGACUGGUUGAUAUAUGGGAGCAAAGGAGGGUUUUUGGAUCUCGGGCACGUAAUCUUAGAGAUGUAAUGCUUGGAGAAGAAGCACCUCCACCAUUGGAAUUCAACAAAAAGCGAUCUCGAUCCGUAAGAAUUAUGAAAAGGGAUUCUCGCUCCAUUAGAACGAAAUUGUCCAUUGGGGGUGCAGCUGAGAAAAUAGUUUCUGCAUUUCAUUUGGUGCUCAGUGAACAAACGAAUGAAGAUGCAGAGAUGAAAAAAUGCAAGUCUGCUGUUCAGCGUGUAAGAAAAAUGGAAAAAGAUGUUGAUAUUGCAUGUACUAUUGCAAAGGAUCCAAAGCGAAAAACUUUGGCAAAGGGAGUGGAGGAGGAAGAAAAUAUCUUGAGACAGUGCAUAGAAAAACUUAAAUUAGUUGAAGCAAGUAGAGUAGCACUUGUAUCGCAGUUAAAAGAAGCUUUGCAUGAGCAGGAAUCUGAACUGGAGAAUAUCCGUACUCAAGUGCAGGUAGCAGAAGCACAAGUUGAGGAGGCUAGCAAUAUGAGGAAACGGCUAGAUGAUGACGACUUGGUGCAGAAAGCAUCCACUUUGGCAACUGAUGCAACCACAAAAUCCGAAGCACCGACGAAGAAAUCAGCUGCGGCAAUUGCGGCGGAGGUUGCAGAUAAGCUUGCGGCUUCUUCCUCAUCCCAAUUGAUCAUGACUUCUGUUCUCUCGACAUUUGCUGCCGAAGAGGCAAAAAAUGCUGGUCUAGCUUCUGCAUCAUCCUCAAACCCUGACAAACCCACGCCUGUAUCAGAUCCCAAUGUUUUUAGGUCUACACAGCAAAUGAUUCCUGGACCAAGUCAUUCAUUUCCUUCAGUUUUGGUGGCUCAACCAACAAUGCAGAAUCAAGCCCCUGCAUCACAAGGUCAAUAUCAUUUGCUUGGUAAUCCAACCUCCCAGCAGUAUGCGCAAUCAACAGGAGUAAUCCCUGGUUAUGGUUAUGGAAACAUCCCUCCCUUACCUCCCGGACCACCACCACCGCUGCCUCCGCCUCACAUGGUGGGGCCACCUAUGGUGCAUCAGACGCUACAAAUAAGCCAGCAUCAGCCGGCGCCUAUAAACCAGCACCAACCAAUAACAAUGGCGCAGCAAGCCCCAGUACCUCCCAGUUUCCGGCCUCUCCAGCCACCGGGAAUGGUAUACUAUGGUAAUCACCAUCAUUCAUGAGGUUUACAGAGGGUAGGUUAAUUAAAAUGACCAUGUUUAGAUUAAAAGCAAUUUCUGGAGAUUUUGGAAUUUUAUGUAUGCCAAUGGUGGUGCCUGAAAUUGAGCUUACAUGGGACGGACCAAAAACAAAGGACUAGCCCAUUAUAAAGAUUUUAAAUAGAUGAAUUCAGUAGGGUGAGUGCGAAGAGUUCACAAUAUCUGAAGUGUUAAACUCAAAAAAAAAAAAAAAAGGCAAAGAAAUAGAAGAAUUUUUGUCUCAAAA